AUGGCUAGUCAGAAUAACAAUGACAUGCACGAAGCCAAGCUGGCCCCAUCAGAGGAUGGACAGCCAAAAGUCAGGGUUCAAUCUGAUACACUCUGGGAUCCACAUGUGGCUUUGGAGAGGCAUGGGGACCAAGCUGCGAGCCAAGAUCCAAGCCCCCAAGACAACCUGCAACCACAGGACCCAAACAGAGGUGCUGCCAAUGUGGAAGGAAACAUUCUUCUUGGGCUUUCCUUCCCAAGAAAGUUUUGGAGGAUAGUGGAGGAUGAUGCCUUCACAUCUGUGUGCUGGAAUGUUGACGGAGACACAGUAAUCAUCGAGGAAGACCUUUUCCAGAGGGAGGUUCUUUGUCGAAGGGGCAAGGAGCAAAUCUUUGAAUCAGACAGCCUGAAGACUUUCAUCAGCCUGCUGAACCUCCAUGGAUUCAGCAAAAUAUGCCCAGCAGACUCUUCAGUUUGUUCUCCAGGGGACAAUAUGAUGAUCUAUCGACACUGCAAUUUCCAGAGAGACAAGCCUUGGCUCAUCGAGAACAUUAAGACAAAAGGCAACCUGAUGACUCAUGCUUGUCCAGGGACCAGCACAACACUUCCAAAGAGAAAGAAGAAGCUAGCCCCUACAAGACACUCCCCAAGAAUUCACCACAAGAAUGGCACUAAAGAAGCUGAGGGAAAGGCCCAGAAGAAAGCCUCACGUGCUCGGGGACCCAGUGGCACCCGGUCACUCAAGUACUCGGGUCUGCAGUCCACGAGCAGUGCCAUGGAAGUCCAGUGUCCAAGUGAACAAGGUGGCCCAACUGGGGAGGGCACAUCUGGUAAUGUCAUGUUUGUGCCCACUGCUACUGCUGGAACCAACGGCACAAGGGAUCUGCCCACCAGCCCCCUUAAUGACCCACUAUAUGGUUCAGUGAUGUCUCUGUACAACACCUGUUAUUCCAUCCUGAUGGCUGGCCUUUCAGUCAUGGCCCCACCCGAAGACCCUGAGGAGGAGGGGGAGGAGGAAGACUCUUCAGAUAACAAGUGUUCACUCUGUGAGCAGUUCAAGGACAAUGCAGGCCCCUAA